AUGGCACCCGCACCGAUCCGUAGAAAGCUCGUCAUCGUCGGCGACGGUGCUUGCGGCAAAACAAGUUUGCUCUGUGUCUUUGCCAUCGGCGAGUUCCCGCAAGAGUACGAGCCUACUAUUUUCGAAAACUACGUCGCCGAGAUCCGUCUAGAUGGCAAACCCGUCCAGCUGGCGCUCUGGGAUACGGCAGGUCAGGAGGAGUAUGAGCGUCUACGUCCGCUCUCAUAUUCACAAGCGCACGUGAUCCUCAUUGCCUUUGCUAUCGACACGCCCGACUCGCUCGAAAACGUACAGGUGAAAUGGAUGGAGGAGGUGCGUCAAAUAUGCGGUCCCGCCGUCCCUGUGCUACUGGUCGGCUGCAAAAAGGAUCUGCGCGAGGACGCCAUCGCCAAGGGCAAGCCGGUCCAGGGCCACUUUGUCGAGCGGCAACAGGCCAAACAGGUCGCUGCACAGAUCGGCGCGCGCUCGUACCACGAAUGCUCGUCGCUAAACAACCAGGGCGUCGACGCUGUGUUCGAAGCCGCUACUCGCGCUGCCAUGCUGGUGCGCAACACGGGUGCAUCUGCAGGAGGCGCCAUCUCGCAGAGCAAGACCAAAGAGGCAUUACACAACGACGCUGGCUCGUGCAAGUGUGUCGUCCUCUAG